AUGCGCUACUCACCGUUUGAGGAUGACCGCGGUCAGAUGCACGAACCUCAAGAUGAAAGCCGAGACUAUCUCCCAGAUGUUACGGCCUCAGACGAUGAAGACGAUGGCCCAAUUCCAUCGAUUCUAUCUUCGAAGCCAAGGGUAAUGGCACCGAGCGUGUCCAUCCCACGACGUCGGGGAGGAAGUGUAGAAGUCAGAAUACCUGCGGGCAUGGCAAAAAGUGCAGGAGGUCAAGCUCAACCGGCACUCUCGUCUAAAGCUCAAGGAAAGCAACGGGCUCCUGAAGAACGAAAGCCGAUGCCCAACAACGCAGAAUCUAGCUCCGACGCGAAUGCAUCUGCGCAAAGAGAUGUUUCAGACGAACAAGAAUCUGGAACGCACAAUGCCCAUGAUAUUCAAUACAUCAUCAACCCUCACGAGACCAGCCGGGGCACCGAUUAUCACAUCAGCUUUUCAGCCAGAGGACUGCUGACGGAGACCCGGAAAGUACCUUUCGAACAAAUAACGAAGCAUAUGAGGAUCUGGAACCGAUGGGUCAAGGCUGACUCGGCUGAUCGACAGAGGGAAUACAACAAUAAGUUCGGCCGUUAUCUAAAGGCCAAGCUGAAGUAA